AUGUCAAAACGCACAACCUUUACCACAAUUUCCCCUCUACCCCCCGGCAUCACCCGCGAUGCCGUCCUCGACUUCCUGCACAAUCAUAUUGAGAUGAUUGACCUGAAUCCUCUCAUCAAGGAGCGUCACCUCAUCAGCGCCCCACCCAACGCGCCCCCGGAAGAGCACGCCUGCACCUGGUACUCCCUGACCGACGAAAUCUCCUACCUACCUGGCGGGCUGGCCACAGGCAACGUCAGCUACAACUGCUGCUUCCACGACCUUCCCACCGGCCUACAGACCCACUGCUACGCACCCAUGGGCCUCGAGAUCCGGGACAAGUGGACCGUCGCCGGCUCCUUGCCCGGGGAACCCUUCGAACCCGUCGAGCUCGGCAUCGGCGCCCCACUCGCCGGCCUCUACAUCCGCGAAGAUGUCGACAUGCGCUGCAACGUCUUCGCCACAUCCUUUGUAAAGAAGACACUGAAAAAGAGCCACAGUCUACUGGUUGACCGCCUCAAGUCCAAGGUCCAUCGCGCCGUUGUCGCCGCCGCGCAUCAACGGCAUGGCAGUCAAAACUCACUAUCAGGGUCCGUCAGGUCCGUCAGGUCCGGCUCCAGCGGAAACAGCGCAUCGCAGCCACUGCCGCAGCAACAAUCGUACCCAAAUCCGGCUUACAUGAACAAUGCCCUCGGCAACCAGAUCAGUAUCCCAUAUAGACCUUCCUACGCCAAUCCCGCACUAGCACCAACAUCAGCCAGUGACGGCUCUCAAAACGCUUACCCGGAACCUCUUCGGGUCCGCCGCACUCCCCAAAGCUCGGCGUCUUAUCAUCAGAAGCCAUCAUGGCCAGAUAUCAAGUCGCAAUCGUCCACCGCCCUCACCAAUGGCUUCGCACACACCAACUACCCAGGCUUGGGCGGCAACCCGUACGACGCUAAGCCCUUGCCUCCGUCGCCAUACGCGGGAGGGAAAUCCGGCGGAAGCGACGCCAGUCGGCGCAAUGGGUGUCAGCAGAACAGUGGCGCAACUCUGCAGGGGCCCUUUGUUGCUGAGUUGGAGUGA